GAAUGGUCUCCCCUGUAUCCCCUUAUUUGUUAGUGUGUUUUUAGUUACUUGUCAUGGUGGUUAUGAGUAAUACUGGAAUCUUAGAAUUUUAACUACCUUUUAUUUUGUUGCCAAUAUAUUCUGAACUUUUUUUUUUUUUUUUGGCCAUGGUAUUCAUCUUUGGAUGAUGGCUCCUGCUAUCCACCUUUUGGGUGAGACCCUUAAGCAUGUUGUCUAUUAGUCCAAACUUAUCUCUACUGAAAGUCAUGAAAAAAACAAACUCAUUCUCCCUGAAGGGGUACCGUAAAAGUAAAGUGGAUACCAGAGAAGUUAAGUAGGGGUGUAGGUUAGUUAGGAAGACUAAUUUGUCAACCAAGGGAAAAUAAGCCACUGUUAGUUUUAUAGGGGAAGGGAAGGGUUUGUAUGUUUUUCAGUGUCAUGUCUUGCAAAUGAUGUUGGACUCCUUUCUUGUGCUUUCAGCUACAAAAGACCCCACAGCUGUAGAGAGAGCAAACUUGUUAAACAUGGCUAAACUGAGCAUCAAAGGGCUCAUUGAAUCUGCUCUCAGCUUUGGCCGGACUUUGGAUUCUGACUAUCCUCCCUUGCAGCAGUUCUUUGUUGUUAUGGAGCAUUGCUUGAAGCACGGUCUUAAAGUAAGAAAAUCAUUUUUGAGUUACAACAAAACUAUCUGGGGUCCUUUGGAACUGGUGGAGAAGCUGUACCCGGAAGCAGAGGAAAUAGGGGCCAGUGUCCGGGAUUUACCUGGUCUUAAGACCCCUCUGGGUCGAGCAAGAGCAUGGCUUCGAUUAGCCCUCAUGCAGAAAAAAAUGGCUGAUUACCUUCGUUGCUUAAUUAUUCAAAGGGAUCUCUUGAGUGAAUUCUAUGAGUAUCAUGCACUAAUGAUGGAAGAAGAAGGAGCAGUAAUUGUUGGGCUACUGGUUGGCCUGAAUGUGAUAGAUGCUAAUCUGUGCGUAAAGGGAGAGGAUUUAGACUCUCAAGUUGGAGUGAUUGAUUUUUCCAUGUAUUUAAAGAAUGAAGAUGAUAUUGGAAAUAAAGAAAGGAAUGUUCAAAUUGCUGCCAUAUUAGACCAGAAGAAUUACGUUGAAGAACUAAAUAGACAACUGAACAGCACAGUCAGCAGUCUCCAUUCAAGAGUUGAUUCAUUAGAAAAGUCAAAUACUAAGCUGAUUGAAGAGUUAGCAAUAGCAAAGAAUAAUAUCAUUAAACUUCAAGAAGAAAAUCAUCAAUUACGAAGUGAGAAUAAAUUGAUUUUAAUGAAAACACAGCAGCACCUAGAGGUUACCAAAGUGGAUGUGGAAACUGAACUUCAAACAUACAAGCAUUCUCGUCAGGGACUAGAUGAAAUGUACAAUGAAGCCAGAAGGCAGCUUCGAGAUGAAUCUCAGUUACGACAGGAUGUGGAGAAUGAGCUAGCUGUACAAGUUAGUAUGAAGCAUGAGAUUGAACUUGCCAUGAAGUUGUUGGAGAAAGACAUCCAUGAGAAACAAGAUACUCUGAUAGGCCUUAGACAACAACUGGAGGAAGUUAAAGCAAUUAACAUAGAGAUGUACCAAAAGUUGCAGGGUUCUGAAGAUAGUUUGAAAGAAAAAAAUGAAAUAAUUGCUCGACUAGAAGAAAAAACCAAUAAAAUUACUGUAGCCAUGAGGCAGCUGGAACAAAGAUUGCAGCAAGCAGAGAAGGCGCAAAUGGAAGCUGAAGAUGAAGACAAGAAAUAUCUGCAAGAAUGUCAGAGUAAAUCCGACAGUCUACAAAAACAAAUCUCUCAAAAGGAGAAACAGCUGGCACAACUGGAAACUGAUUUGAAGAUUGAGAAGGAAUGGAGGCAGACUUUGCAGGAAGAUCUUCAAAAGGAGAAAGAUGCCUUAUCUCAUCUUAGAAAUGAUAGCCAACAAAUCAUUAGUCUUAAAAAAGAGUUCCUUAACCUCCAGGAUGAAAAUCAGCAAUUGAAAAAAAUAUCUCAUGAACAGGAGCAAGCUCUUCAAGAACUUGGCAACAAACUUAGCGAAUCAAAGCUUAAAAUAGAAGAUAUAAAGGAAGCCAACAAAGCAUUGCAGGGACUGGUUUGGUUGAAAGAUAAAGAAGCGACACAUUGUAAACUUUGUGAAAAGGAGUUCUCACUCUCUAAGAGAAAGCACCACUGUAGAAACUGUGGGGAAAUUUUCUGUAAUGCUUGCUCUGACAACGAACUGCCGUUGCCUUCUUCACCAAAGCCAGUGCGGGUUUGUGAUUCCUGUCAUGCGUUGCUGAUUCAGAGAUGCUCAUCUAAUUUGCCGUAAGACUAGAACUAAGUCCUCAUUGAAUGAAAGUACCUACGUUGAAUGUUAUGUAUGAACAUGUGCACAAUACAUUCAGACAGCCCUUAAGCAGCUUUCAGACAGUAUUGGUACAAGUUUUAUCUUUCACAUUUUCAAUUCAUGGGAAUUAAAAGGUGGUAUAAUUUGGUAUUUCCUUUCCAUUGUUAAAAAAAUUUUUUCUACAGGGCAUGCUUUAAAAUAACUUUAACCUAAUUCCUAAUUCACGUAAUGAUCAUAUAACUGUUAAUGCCAUCGAAAGGCCAGAUAGCAUAGCUAACACAUUUGCCUUAUUUUAUAAAGGCCUUUUUAAGAACAGGGCUUCAGAUUGUUUUAUUCUCCAGAUCGUCAAGUUGAUAUUUGAUGGUGCCUAUGAUUUUCUUAAUGCACUUUAAAGCUUCAUGGUUCUCAGAGAAAGAUUGGAAAGGUGUAGAACUUUUUACAAGUGUUAAUAUUCCAAUUCAACAGAUUUCCCAUUAGCUUGGUGUCAACUAUAUUUAUUUGGCCCUUCCUUCCCCCCUCCCUCCCUCUGCUCACUUUGCAUUAGAAAAGGCCAAUAUUUAGCCUGUAAAAUUUCCCAUUUGGUCUUCCUCCUAAAAUUAAUGUAGUUGCUGAUACCUUUCAGAUAUAGCGGGGUUAAAGAGGUUAUUGUUUUGCCUCAACCUUUUCCUUAUCUUGAAAGGAAGUUAAAGCAGCAUCCUUUUACCUUAAAAUGCUAUUUGUAGAUCUUUCUAGUAACUUUUAAGAAGCAUUACAUUGCAGUGGUCUGCUACUGCAGUAUAUAGAGUAAAAAAUUCAUCAUAGCCUGUGUGGUGUGGCUCAGCAGUUGAACAUUGACUUACGAUUCAGGAGACUGAGGUUCAAUUCCCCGUUAGGGCACAU